AUGUGCAUAAGUGACCUUGAAGUGCUCAGCCUCUCCGUGAGUCAAUUUUGCCUGUCUUCUGUCUUCCUCUGUCGUUACACACAAGUUAAAAAGCAAUAUGAUCGUAGGAUGUUAUUUGUAACAACUGGAUCGCUUUUAGCUCUUGGGUUGUUCUUCUUCUUUAAAGGCUUGCGUAGAUAUUUUCGCUUCGAGGUUGAUAAGAACUCUGAACACUAUGGAGGAGAACUAGUUGCAGAUGUAUUGAAGGCUCACAAUGUGCCGUUUAUUUUCACGCUUAUUGGCGGUCAUAUAUCACCAAUACUGACAGCAGCUGAAAAGCAAAAUAUACGAGUGAUAGAUGUAAGGCAUGAAGCUUCAGCCGUUUUUGCCGCUGAUGCCGUCUCAAGGCUAUCGGGUUCAGUUGGUGUAGCUGUUGUUACUGCAGGACCUGGUCUUACAAACACUGUGACAGCAGUGAAAAAUGCACAGAUGGCUGAAUCUCCCGUGGUUUUGUUAGCUGGGGCCGCCUCCGGUCUUUUGCGAGGUCGUGGAUCUCUUCAAGACAUUGAUCAGCUAACUCUGUUUCGUCCACUUUGUAAACUGUGCAAACGUGUUAAAGCUGUCAGAGACAUUAUUCCUGUUCUUUGUGAGGCAUUUUGUGUUGCUCAAUCAGAUACUCCUGGACCAGUCUUAGUUGAAUUACCAAUCGAUAUAUUAUAUCCAUAUAAACUUGUUGAGAAGCAUACUCAGGAAUCUAAGAAACCGAAUUCCAUAAGACAAAAAAUUACAAAUUGGUACCUACAGUUUUACUUACUAAACUUAUUCGCUACUGGUUUCACAUCAAAAUCAGAAUCUCCAGACUCCGGAAGUUUUAGUUCCAUUGUAGUUAAACCACCGAAAAUUCUUCUCCCUACGAAAAGACAGAUCAACAAAUUAGUAAAGCUUAUCAAGGAUUCUGAGAAACCAAUACUGUUAAUUGGAAGUCAGGCUGUUUUACCUCCAGUCUCGGCUAAGGAAACUGCUGCUAAUGUUAAUAGCUUACGUAUACCUGCUUACAUGUCUGGUAUGGCUCGUGGUCUUCUUGGUCGUGACAAUGAACUUGCAUUUCGUCAUGCGCGUCGUACUGCUCUACGUGAAGCUGAUUUGAUUAUUUUAGCAGGUGCAAUUUGUGAUUUUCGUCUGGACUAUGGUCGUGUGUUAAAUCGUAAAGCUAAAAUUGUUGUCAUCAAUCGAAACAGAAAGAAUAUUGAACUUAAUUCUGACUAUUUUUGGAGACCGUAUUUAACCAUUCAAGCUGAUGUGGGUACAACACUGAAAAAUUUAUCUAUUGAGCUUAGAAAUCAAAGAGUUUCGACUGAUUAUAGUUUCACCGAAUGGAUAGAUGUUUUAAGAUCACGUGAAGAAAAGCGUGAUGCAGAAAUUAGAUUGAGUUGUCAAGUAGAAGGUGGUGAACAUGCCAAUCCCCUUACAGUCCUCUGGAAAUUAGAAAACUAUGGUUUACCAACAGAUUCUUUUGAGGACAGUAUUAUUAUUGCUGAUGGCGGUGAUUUUGUUGGUUCUGCAUCGUAUAUUGUACGUCCAAGACAACCGUUGUCUUGGUUAGAUCCAGGUCCAUUUGGAACAUUAGGUGUUGGUGGAGGAUUUGCAUUAGGAGCGAAAUUGUGCCGACCAGAUGCAACUGUGUGGGUGAUUUACGGUGACGGUUCCUGUGCUUAUAGCUUGGCUGAAUGGGAUUCUUUAGCACGUCAUCGCGCUCCUGCUAUUGGCAUUAUUGGUAAUGAUGCCUGUUGGUCACAGAUUGCUCGUGAUCAAGUCGCUUUCUUUCAGUCUAAAGUUGGAUGUCAGUUGAAUUAUACACCAUAUGAAGUAGUUGGAUCAGCUUAUAGUCGAAGUGUUACCAGUGGUUCAAACAGCAGCAACCACAAUAAUAAUAAUAAUAUAAUUGCCAAAGAUGAUAUUCCAGUCAAUGGUUUUUUAGUUGAUAAACCUCAAUUGGAACAGAUCAAUCAUAUAUUUGAUGAAGUUAAACGGUUGUCCAAUAAAGGCAUACCGUCUAUUAUAAACUGUCUCAUUUCAACCAGUAGCUUUAGAGAAGGCAGUUUAUCUGUUUAA